UAUAUCAACAUGGAUGACAAAAUGGUUUUUGCGGGAAUUUGCAAAUUUAUAAAAUCUCUAACUGCUUCAGUUUCAAUUUAAUAUUAAUUAAACUUACAGAAAAGCUACAACAUGAAAUGUGUGAUACCUGGACUAAACUUAAAAGUAUUUGGAAGAGCCAUCCACUCCUUGUCAAAGAUUGGAGAUGAACUGUACAUUGAACCCAUGGAAGAGGGACUGGCUCUGCGCACAGUCAACUCCUCACGGUCAGCAUAUGCAUGUUUCCUGUUUUCACCCAGCUUCUUUCAGCAUUACGAUGACGGCUCUGGCCUCUCCAGCUCAGAGGACAGUGAUGAGGAUGGAUUCCGCUGUAAGCUGGGCAUGAAGUCUAUACUGACAGUGUUCCGCUCCCUCUAUACAAUAGAGAAGACAGUAGAGAGGUGUAAGAUCCAUCUGGACAACGAUGAAUCACGUCUGGUGUUUCAGCUGCACUGUCGACAUGGAAUUGUAAAGACUCACAAUUUAGCUUUCAUAGAAUGUGAACAGUUGCAGGCUGUGUUUUCUAAAGACCUGAGUCCAAACAGGCUCACAGCUCCUUCAAAACUACUCUGUGAUGUGGUUGUGAAUUUUCAACACAAUCAGGAGGAGAUAACUCUGAUUGUGAAUCCAAACAAAGUAGCUUUAAAGAAUUAUACUGAUGAUGAACAAGGUAUGUUACAGUUCGGGUCUGAAUGUUGUGAAAUGGUCCGACCACAUGCAAUCCUGGCAUUUACGGAGGUGACAAACCUACCUUUGAACAUCCAUUUUGAGACGCCCGGGAGACCAGUAGUUUUCACAGUAGACAGUGAUCAGACUUUCGAGGCCAGCUUUGUACUGGCGACAUUAGCAGAAUCAGAGCUUGGAGCAUCACAGCAGCCGUCUCAAGUCCGUGGGAAGAAACAGACAAAACAGAAUAACAGCAAAAGGUCAUAUGCCAGCCAGAGUCAAACCCAGAGAGGAGGUCGGAGCAGGCUAACACAGAGUACCUCUUCUGUGUCCAGGCUGACCAAUGGUGUGUCACAUCACAGACCAAACACCAGCUCAGACAGACAAGCUGAGGGAGACAUGGAUAACACAAUGGAUGCUGAGGUAGAAAUUAAUGAAGCAACUAUCCAUCAUACCAAUGCCAUGGAAACAGAACAGCCAAUCACAGAUGGUCAGCAGCUGGGGUCAAAGUCACCUAAACCAUCAGGGUCAACCGUGAGUGACCCCAGCCCUGUAAUUCCAGUGCAGAGUGAAAGACAAACAGACACAAGGGUUCCAGCAGAGGAAUCGGUACUUCAAGAUGUGGAGGAGGAUGAAGACGAGGAGGAGGAGGAGCUGGUCCCUGGUACUCCACCAAGCAAGAAGUUCCGCUCACUGUUCUUUGGCCUGUCUCAGUCCCAGACCACGCAGAGUCAAGCUCCGUCCACCAACGUUCUGGCAGCAGACACAGAUGAAGAGGACUAGGAUGUCCGACAACAGUUUUAACUCCAGACUUGUCAUCAUGCAUGAAAUUAAUGACAGUUUUAACCUCUGUACAUAAUUGUACAAAGUCACUGUUAAUAUAUCAAUUAAUGUUGUACAGAUUCAUUAAACCAUGUUAAACAACAAA